AUUUGGGCGACAAUUCACUCGCAAAUCAUUAAUAUCUGAACCCAAAAGCGAUACCCAAAUCCAAAAUAGAGACCACUAGUGCUGUGAGUGUUUGGUGUAAAACAAUGAGUAAACGGCACCAGAAGUGUGUGAUUUGGCACAACCGGCCGACGGCUCACAUCUCGUGCCUCUAUCCGGAGAUAUUGGCACUGAUUUUUGGCCAUUUGGACGUUAAGGAUAAGGGGUCGGCCGCCCGGGUGUGCAGCUCCUGGAGGGACGCCUGUUAUCACAAGUCGGUGUGGAAGGGCGUGGAGGCGGCCAUACAUCUGAGACACUGCGACCGGUGUCCGGCCAACGCCCAGGACUGUGGCCUCCAUAACGCCCUCUUCGAUAGUCUCGUCCGGCGGGGCAUUAAAAAAAUUCAGCUGUUGAGUAUUCGCCGAUCGGUGCGGGAAGUGGUGGUCGGAGUGCCAAAACUGGAGAGUCUGAACCUAAUCGGGUGCUAUAAUCUGACGGACGAGUGGCUGACCAGCGCUCUCACCCAUCGGAUGAACAGUCUGACAGAACUGAACCUAAGUAUGUGUAAACCCAUUACCGAUCACAGUCUCGAGAGGAUCGGCGAUCACCUCAAAAAUCUGGAACACCUGGACCUCAGCGGGUGCUCCAACAUCACCAACACUGGUCUACUGGAGCUGUCGAUGGAGUUAAAGCGACUCAAGUAUCUAAACCUCCGGAGCUGUCGGCACGUGUCGGACGUCGGGAUCGGACACAUCGCAGGCGCCACACAGGAGACAACGCUGGCCGGCGCCGGACUCUUCACACUGGAGUUCCUCGGCCUUCAGGACUGCCAGAAGAUUACCGACGACUCGCUGCGGCACAUCUCGACGGCGUUGUGUCACUUGCAUGCCGUGAAUCUGAGCUUCUGUUCGUCCAUCACUGACUUCGGUCUCAAACACCUGUCCUCGAUGUCCAACUUGCGAGACAUCAAUCUUCGCAGCUGUGACAACAUCACCGACACCGGUCUCGCACACCUCUCGGACGGCUCCGUACGCAACCUACAGGUGCUCGACGUGUCGUUCAGCAGUGAUAAGAUCGGUGACCCGGGAUUAGUGCACAUCUCGCAGAAGCUGAUCCAUCUGAGGAGUCUGAGUCUGAACGCGUGCUCCGGAAUCACCGACGAGGGUGUGAUCAAGAUCUCGAGGACACUGUCGUGCCUGCGAGUGCUCAAUCUCGGCCAGUGUAAUAAGAUCACCGAUAAGGGCCUGUGCGCCAUUGGCCAACAUUUAGUCAAUUUAACGAACAUUGAUCUCUACGGGUGUUCACUCAUCAGUACCGUCGGUCUCGAGAAGAUCAUGCAAUUACCUAACCUUAACCUCAACCUCAAGCUCUGGCAAAAGGACCAACAGAUCAGCAGUAAUAGCAAUCAAUCGAGUAAUCAAUGC